AUGGAUGAGGGGAACGCUCGAUUUCAAGCCGCACUCUUGAAGGCCAAAUCUAAGAGAACCAAGUACAAGGCAGACUGUACCAAGGCUCAGACCACGGUUCGCCACCUGCAUGCUGCUUUUGCCGCUGUAUCAGUGGGGCGAGAUCAACUUCGGGAUGAUCUGGCUGAGUUGGAAGCUGAGUAUGAACGAUCGCGCUCCUUGCUCUCCGAUCGUGACGAUCGAGUGGAUCUGCUUCAAGCUACUAUCUCGGGUUUGGAGCUAGAGCACGAUCAGGCGUUGCGCGAUCGCGACGUUCUUCAAACGAGCAUCGCCGCGCUCGUUACCGGCCCCAGUUUACCUUCCUCGUCCCGUCCAGUUGAGACGGCCCAAACUACGAGUGCUCGUGUCAAACGCCCUAGUACUUCCGCUCUAACACCUCCUCCGCGGACCAAGAGAGCCAGAAUCGAGGCUACCCCGCAAUCGGUCGUCAAGAUGACACCCAAGACUCAUUCUCCGACUGUGUCCGGUAUCAUCGCUGAGCUUUCUCCGCCGUGUAAAACCCCGAAGAACAACCCUUCCCGAUCACCCCACAGUUCCACACGAUCUCAAGCAAAACUUACGCCCAAGACUCCCGCUCUUCCCGGACCUGGUGUUCGAACAGGCAAAGGCAGAGCGCAAAAUCCGACGCCUGCUCCAGCUAGCUCGGAUGAUGACGAUUCAUCGGAUGCUGGGCCUCGAACCUUGGCUGCACUCUCCCGAUCACGCUCUUUGAUGCCACCCUGGGGCAGAAAAAGUAGCAGUUCACUUUGUCGACUUCGUAGUCUGGUGAGAUUAGUGCGCAAAUCUUUGCGUCUCUAG